AUGACUACCCCAUUACGUCCGGAGCAGCCUUAUCUGCUCCCAAACGUUUCUAGUGGGUCACCUACACCAUAUCAUUUUGACUCGUCGCUGUAUCCAACUUAUGCCCAGUACUCGAGACAAGCAACGAACGAGCCAUCAAACCACCAUAUCGCAACAACGCCACCACCAACUAACUCUAAUAUUGACGAGACUAAUAUGGCGAAUGCAAAUAAUGCCACUACUGUAAAGAGAACAAGCAAGACCCAUGUGCCAAGUGCAUGCAUUAACUGCAAGAGAGCCCACUUGGCUUGCGAUGUAUCACGACCAUGCAAACGUUGCAUUGCAUUGGGAAGAGUGGACACGUGUAUCGAUAUCAAACAUAAGAAGCGCGGACGUCCUAAACUCAAAGACAAGAAACCACAUCCAUAUAAUACACACGCCACAAGAACGUGGACCAAUAAUCCACAAAUACAUCAUUUUCUUCCACCUACGACAUCAAAUUCCAUCUCGUCUCCCUCAUCGUCCGUCACAUCUCCCCCACAAUUAUCACAAACCUCGCCACCCCAAUCAUCACCCCCACAAGAACUACCGCAACGACAAACACCACAUAUCCUACCUCAGCAACUGCAACCUUCUCAACAAUACCCGACUUGCAUGUCUCCUCCACCUCAAGAACUUUCUCCGCUAUCUCCGCAUCAUCAACGCUCUCCUUCAUACAUUAAACAACAACCACCACCACCAUCAUCACGAUAUGUAACAUCUUAUCCACAACCAAUAUUUACAUCAUCUACAUAUCCACAAACGCCGCCGUCAAUUUCACCAAUAACAGAAAAUCCUCCAGUUAUAAUGUUUCUUACUGCUGCAGAUAUCUGGUGUGCCCGCGUUUCUGAUGAAUCGUUAGCAAUGCUAGGAUACUAUUCGAAAGAGUUGACCCACAAGCCGCUUCUUGACUAUGUACACCCAUCUUCCCAAGAUAGUCUGCGCAAAAUGGUAAUGUCUCUUACGGACAAUGCAGAAAAAUAUUACAACCACUAUCAUGCUCAGACAUAUUCGCCGUACCCGCCCUCAUUUCGUGAACCACCUCUAACCACGCAAGAUCCUGGAUUCUUUGCUCUUUCGCUUGACGAAUUGCGCUAUCCAGCGGCAAAUGGUGGCUAUGCUAUUGAGGUCUCUGACAUGAUAUCACUAAGACAGAGAAGCGGCGAAUAUGAUUUGUACAAUGUUAAAAUGCAUUUUGGUGGUGGACUUGGUGGAGAUUUAUCGAGAAAGGAUACGUGGAACAAGUUAUAUAUUGUGGCUUAUUUUACCAAGACCAGGCCAGGAAGUAAUAAUGGAAACACAGGCCGGGUCGCAUAUGGUAGUAGACCGAAUCGAGCGCUUGAUAUUGAUCAGAACAGAGAUUAUAUCCAUUCACAGGAAACCCCAUUAUCACCUCAAGAAUAUUCUAGCACAUCAGUUGGAAUUCAACAAUCACAUCCUGACAUGUACCAACCACAUCAAGUACGAUCAAGCCUGACAAGCCAACCACACAUUCCACGACAUGAGUACAAACCCAACCAACAAACACAUAAUCACCUUGCUCACAUUGGCAAUAUCCAAAUACCUCGUUCGCAUAACCGGCAUAAUACAUCAAGACACGCAUCUAGUGCAUACAGCGGCUAUAUUGAUAUAGGGCUCAUGAGAAGUCAAGAGAGAGACAGUAAUAAAGAAUCGGGAAGAAUGAGUGUUACAUCUUUAUUGUGUAAAGAGGUGAUGGAAUAG